UUCUUCAGAUCCUUCACCUCCCACUGAGUGUGACAGCUGUCCAGAGAGGACCUACAAGUAUUGAAGUAACCUGGAACCCUCCUGUUUCUCCAUUGAAUGGUAUCACUGGCUAUGAAAUCUCCUACUCUGGGGGAUCUGCAGGCAGUGUGAAUGUUGCUGGUGAAAAUACUAACAGCCACACACUGACUGGUCUUACCAAUGGAAGGACCUAUACCAUAUCAAUUGUAGCCACAUCAUCAACAGACCUAGUCAGUGAAAGUGUUGCUACUACCGCUGUUCGCUUGGUUCCAUCUGCUCUUGUUCUGUAUACAUCUCCAACAGUCACAUCCACUACCAUCACUAUCACUGGUAGUGUUCCCACUGGCUCAGUGGUGACUGGCUUUCAGGUCCAGUGGCAGAGAGACACUCAGUUGGUGUCCACUACGAAUCAGCAAGUUUUACUGUGAAUCAAGUUUUAGUGGUUCAUACAGAAUAACUGGACUAGAGCCAGGGAAUAGGUACACCAUUACUGUGACAGUCUUCAAUGCAGCUGGCAGUGCUCCAGUCAGUAAUGCUGUAACUGCAACAACUAUGCAGACAAAUCCUACACGAGGUCCCAGCUCAGUCAGAAGUGGUACAGUCACUGCCAGUAGUAUAACUGUCCAUUGGGGAGAGGUGUCUUGUCUUGACCGUAAUGGAGAGAUAACUGGUUACAUAGCACAGGCUGUGAGAAAUGGAAUGGUAGAAGGAACUGCUAGUGUUGGUGGCAGUGCUAGACAGGCUACAAUCUCUGGAUUGUCUCCAUCAACCUCGUACACUGUCCAAGUGGCAGCAGUGAAUGGUGCUGGUACUGGACCAUACAGCUGUGUAUAUGUCAGGACUAAUGAUGGACUUAGUACACAAGUUAUCUCCUCAUCCACUACAUCUCUGACCAUCUCAUGGACACUGGAGAGGCCUUUGACAGCUACUGGCUACACCAUCUCCUACUCCAACACUAACAACACUGGCUGU